CUGCACUACGGGAGCCUCCUGGGCAGCAGAGCUUGUGCUCAGAUGGCAGCAGCUGCCUGGGGCAGUGGCUUUCUCAAUGCUGUCCUGCAGACUACCACUACAUUUUCCCUUCCCCUCUGCCAAGGCAAUGCUGUGGACCAGUUCUUCUGUGAAAUCCCUCAGAUCCUCAAGCUCUCCUGCUCAAAUGCCUACCUCAGGGAAGUUGGGGCACUUGUGUUUAGUAUUUCUUUAGCCUUCGGUUGUUUUGUUUUCAUUGUGGUGUCCUAUGUGCAGAUCUUCAGGGCAGUGCUGAGGAUGCCCUCUGUGCAGGGCCGUCACAAAGCCUUUUCCACGUGCCUCCCUCACCUGGCUGUGGUCUCCCUCUUUCUUAGCACUGUCAUGUUUGCCUACCUGAAGCCCCCUUCCAUCUCCUCUCCAUCGCUGGAUCUCGUGGUGGCAGUUCUGUACUCAGUGCUGCCUCCAGUCAUCAAUGAAGACCUUAAACAAGAUAGGUCCCAGUACCGACCCCUGGGGGACACCACUUGUAACAGGAUGCCAGCUGGACUAACCAAAAAUAUUGGUUAA